UCAAGGAGUUGUCGGAAAAAAAGCCUUUGGAGGCGUUUUAGAGCCGAUGGUACGGUAGCCGUGAAUGCAGCAGCACGGAAGCCACGAAACCCGCACUGCGAUACACUUUACUCCUAAUAAAAACACAGUUUAUUAUGUUGUUCCAUUAUAUCUGGGAAACAUCUGGGGGAACGAACUUGAUACCCUACUGAGGAAGAAAACAAACGAGGCUACUCUCAUACGUGCUUGUCUUGUUUAAGGGUUUGAAUAAUGGCAGCUGUCACUAACACAUUUGAAAAUGUGAAAGCGAUCGUCUUAUCAGCUCAUAAAUGCACCACAACAGGAGAAAAAGUCAACUUCUACAACUCCUGGGCAGAGAACUAUGAUCAGGAUGUAGCUGUUUUGGACUACCGGGCACCAAGUCUGGCAGCAAACAGCAUCAACUCCUAUUUCAGCGGUGAUCGAGAAGAAGCUGUGGUGUUGGAUGUGGCCUGUGGUACAGGACUGGUGGCCAAACAGAUGAAGAGACAUGGAUUUGGACAUUUUGUGGGUAUUGAUGGAAGUGAGGCUAUGUUGGAGUUGGCCAGAGAGAGUGGGUUGUACCAGGACCUGAAGCAGUCCAUGCUGGGAGAGGGGCCACUACCUGUCCAGUGGGGUUUGUUUGAUGUGGUUGUGAUCGUAGGAGCACUGUGUGUCGGUAAUGUCCCGGUUGGUGUCGUCAGAGAGUUGUGCAAGUCCACCAAACCAGGUGGCUACAUUUGCAUGACAACCAGAAGUAACCUUGAAAAUGUGGAAUACAAAGCAGCCCUAGAGCGUGAGCUGAAGCAGAUGGAGGACGAUGGGCUCUGGACUUGUGUAGAGGUCGCUGAGGUGGAGGACUGGGAGAGAGCGCUGUCAGAGCAGGAGGACGGCUACAUAUCUGGUGCUGUGUACCUCUAUAAGAAACUACAACUGUAGCUACAGCGGAGGGAUGAAACAACUCAAGAAGAUACCAAAUAUUGUCAGUCUCUUAUAGACCUGAAAUUAAAGAUGUGAAGCUUCAUUUGCAGAUUUGCAAGACUUGAAAUGUUUUUGACUAAAUGUUUCAGUUUUUACGUUUAACAGUAUUCAUGCUACAUGUUGCAGUAAAGUUUGUAUCUGAAAAAAAUGCUUCAGAUUUCUACAGAUGUACAGUAUCUUAGGAUAUGCAGUUAAGUCCUCCGAAUAGAAAAUGAUCGCAUAAACAUGAGAACUGUGUGAUAGACAAAGGUGAAUGUCUGUUUACUGUGGCUUUAAUAAUAGUACCAUAUGUAUCGGCCGCACAUAAUCAGGCUGUGUAUUAGUAGGAGUAUGAAUAAGAGUUGUGCACUUUGUAACGCAGUAGAAUGAUGCAAGUAACAGGGUCACAUAAAUCUUAGGCCACUCAGUGGCUUUAAAGUCUUUGUCUUACAUCAAAACAUUUUCACAAACCAUGUGGAAAUCUGACUUUUCACUGAGAAGAUAUGAUAUGGACUUUUAUUAUAAUAAACAGUUAGUACACAUGAACAUAAAUAGGCAAAAUACAUCAUUAAGGUAAAUUGAAAAAACAAACUAGAGAGUUAAACCUCCGUCAAGGGAGCACAAUCUCAUGCAUUUACUAUUUUACCUGCACUUGGAUCGGCAUCAAAAUAAACA